UGAAAGGCCUCAGUGUGACUUAAGCAAGGACAGAUAGAUAUCAUAGUUGAAAUGUCCUGCAGGAAAACACAGAGAGCACUUUCAGACUGGAUGAUUAAUCCAUCUGCAGCAGUAAUGUAAGACAUCAAGUAUGGAUGACCUGGAUCACAGUAUUCACAUUGCAGAGAAUGACUGGAGCAGCUUCUAUGAUGACAGCGAGGAAUGUAAUCUACUGCAGGCUUCUCUUGCCUACCCUGAUGACUCUGAUCUCAGCGACUCAGAGGAUUCAGGAAACUUCCACACAGGCCAGCAGAACACAAACAAGAGUGCAAAUAGCCACGAAGCUGAGGAAAGCUACACAGAUGGCACUCAUCUACCACCACAGCCUAUUCAGUGUGAUGCAACGUCCUUGAAACCGGUGGAACUAUGUGUCGGCUGUCCAGAAAGAAAUGCAAUCUCCAUAGAGCCUGCACACAAAGAUAUUGCACAAGAAAUUCUGCACGAGAAGAAUGACAGCAGCACAAACAUGCUGGAAAAGAAUCCUCAGAUCACUUGCAAUUCAGAAGAGAUGCUGUCAAAAGAUGGAGCUGUGCAAAUGACGAGUAACUUCAAAGCCACAAAGACACCUGACCUGCUUUCCCAAAAAGAAUCAGUGCAGAGCAUGAGCAAGCCAGACCCCACAGGCAGAGCAGAGAAAGAGCGCUGGUUCGUGACAGUGAAUGACAAUAUGGCACGUCGGCGAGGGCGUUCCAUCUCUGAGAAAAAAAAACUCAAACAAAAAAGACAUGCUGAGAGAACAUAUGUUCACAAUGCAGGUCGCAAACUAGAGCAAAAACAAUCAAGAUAUUUUAGGCUAAACAAAAAUAAGGAAUCUGAAGAUUCAGACAAAUCCUAUGACAGCUUCUCAUCCUUAGGGAGUUCACAACUUCAAGAUGGUGCUGAACUCUCCUCCACAGGCAGCUGGGAUUCUGAGACCUAUUUGUCAGCUGCUGAAUCUGUUGAAGAAGAUGCGCAUCCUCUUCAAGAAGGUCUCAGUACACACCUUCCUUUGCAAUGUGCAUUAAGCCCAACAUGUGACAACCUGGACUUCUGCCAGACUCUCUCCUAUAAUGCACCAAACUGCGGAGAUGAUAUUACUCCUGAAAGCCUUUCCACUUCUUCAUGUGCAGAAAUGCCAGAUGGAAACUUCAUAUCUGGAAAUGACACAUGUUCUGAAACCCCCCCACUGGCUUUAGCAUCUGCUGACUCUAAAGAAGAUUAUCUCAGCCAUCUACCUGCUCACGAUUUAACUCGCACACCUAGCUGUACACCAGAAACAUUUGCCAAAGCUACAGGUCAGGCUCAGCCAGUAUAUGCUAUCUCUGCAUUCUGGGAUGAAGUGGAAAAGCUGACGAUAAACGAUAUUUUGCAGAUAAGGAUGGGCAGAAACUCUGGAAUUAAGGAAGAAUCAGUAAUGCCUAGCACAUGCGGACAACCUGCUAACCCUGGUCAACUAAUUGAAAAUCUUGACCCAAUAAUUGACACAUCUGACACUGCAGACUCAGACUACUUCACACAGCCAGAUGAAUCCAAGCCAGAUCGAUCAGUCUUGGAGUUUUCAGCCUCAGAUUUUGAGGAAGGGUCCUGGCAGUUUGUGAAUGGAAGUAGAAACUCCACUCCUGAUUUGAGGAACAAAACCCAACAAAUUGACUCUUCUGUCUUGUUAUAUGAGCAAGACAACACAGAUUCAGAAGGAAGAGAAACUCCCGCUGUUCUAGACCAAAGAUUGGACUAUCAGGACUAUCAAGGUUUGAUCUCAUGGCCAAAAAGGAUGACAAAAAGCAGAAGUUUGUACAACAUACAAACUCUCAACACAGAAGACCUACCCCUGCUACCUUCCAAUAGUAUUGAUAAAAGUGAUUUUUCUCUUGACAGACCUCAAAUUGUGAAUGCUUUAUUACCCCACACAGACCCACGGGAUUACAGGACAUCCUUCCCAGAGAUCUUUGAAUACUUUUUUACAAAACAUGACACACAAUCACAGAUUCUCCUUGUUGAUGAUCUCCAGGAGAUGUUCGUGUCUCCCGUCUUUCACUCGCCUCUUUGUAUAUUCAGAGAAGAUCCACUCCAGUGUAACAUAGAAAAAAUAAUCCCAAUCUUCUCUUGCUCUCGUCCUACCGUCCGAGACCUCACAUUCCAAAAUACGCAUGUUUUUCUGAGCACAGACCAUGAGGAGGAGAACAAGGCCUCUCCGAUGAGACUUCUGUCUCAUUCAUUUAUUCAGGCCAAUCCACACAGAGCCUCAGGAGCAGCAGGUGCAGGUGGAUCUCCCUGCUGGAAAAGCUUUCUGUCUUUCAGGAAAAUUCGCUUCCCAGACAAAGGCAGCAUCUGCUGCAGUGAGUCAGGUGCAUGGACCUUUCCUCUUCAAACCAAGGAAAUCCAGAUCGGCAGUCAGAAUCAAGUGGUUACCUUGCUCAGUGAUGAAAAAGUCUGUCUGGAGUCUUCUCCGGAGUUCAGGGAACUGAAAGAGGAACAGAUGAUUACAGAAACAUCUUAUUGGAUGACAAAACGAGGAGGCAUCUUCUCCAGAGUGAAGCAGUCAGAUUUGUGUUUAGUCUGCAUUGCUUUUGCCUCAUGGGUAAUGAGAUCCUCCAAUCCAAAGGAAGCAGAUGCCUGGAAAGCAGCUCUUCUGGCGAAUGUGAGUGCUCUCUCAGCAAUCCAGUACCUGCGGCAGUACAUGCAAAGGAAGAACCUUUCCAUAGAUGACAUUUGACUCAAACACAAAGAAGACACAAUACCAAACAUCCUCACUGUGGGUCGACAAAAAUGACAGAAAACAUUCAAAUUAAAUGAAACCUCUGGGAUGAGCUUCAAGUUGGUGAAGUAGAUAGAAAAGUCACUUUGUUGUACUGGUUAGGUUGACUUGUUAACCAGAAGCCUGUGUGAGAACCAUUAGGUAAACAAUUAAAAGUACUUACUAAUGCAACAAAUAAUUUAUUUGGGAAAAUUAACUGUAAUCUGAUGCAUUAACAUCUGUAUGUCAUGCUGAUGGCUGCUUUAUGCAAGUCGUGAUGUAGAACAAUAAUGAUGCCAAUGCUGACGUGUUUAGGAUCAAUAUUUUAUGGAAACAAUUGUUUCUUUAUCCCUUGUAUGCAACAACUUGGCCACCAAAGAUAUCCCUGCGCCAUGAUAACAUGACAACAUGUUAUCACCCCCAUGCUUCACACUGUGUGUGGCAUAACAGUGUUUGGGGGGUCAUUCAACAAACUGUCUGAAUCUCAGACAAUGAAAGAAUAAUCUUGCCUUCAUCAGUCCAUAAAAUGCUGCUCCAUUGCUCUUUGGGCCAAUCAGAGUGCUCUUGUAAUAAAGGAAACUUAGAAUAGAUUACCUCCUUAUAGAAAUUGUCUGCUUUUGUUUUGUAUUUAGACAACUCAGUGUUACCAGAUGUUGGGAAUCCCCUUCACUACCAUUAUGUUCUUAUGUAUAUGCUUUGAAGUGCUUUGGACCGGUAGCUACAAGUACUGUAGGUGGAUUUGGUCCUUGUCAGAUUUUAUUUAAUCAUCAAUGAUGUUUAUGCUUAAGUCAUUGUUGUUUCUAGGGAAAUUGAAGUAAUUGCAGAGGAAGCUGCACACCUUAUAGCUGUUAAAAACUCAUAGGACGACAUAAAAGUGUAGUUCAGACCCAUCUUUCUUUCUCCACUGUAGCUGCAUAGCUUGGAGUUAUCUAUGUGCAGUUUUUGUGUCGCUUUUUAAAUUUGUGCCACAGAACACUGUAUUGCACACUUAGUUCCUUAUGACCAUACUGCAUGUAUUUGGAUAUAAAACAGCCUGUGUAUUUUUGGUAAUAAUAUCUUAAUCUAAUUAUGGAUUCACAUGAAGUUUAAAAAUCUGGUUAAAGUGCAAAUUUCCUUUUUACUGUUUAAACGUGUUUCUGUAUCUCCUCCGAGUGAGCUUACUGACCAAAUGGACCAUAAUGCAAAGGCAGAACAAAAGUUUUAUACACACCUGGCAGUUGUUUGACUUUGUCAUCAAACAUGGAUUUGUAGGUUUUAACCGAAGAGGCUCAGUGAUGUUACAGAAGAAGGAAAUAGGAUAAAACGUUGAUAAAUGUUGGAUUUAUGGAAUUGUGGAGUGAGAGCUUUCUGUUGCUUUUUACUGGCUUUUGAAUGGACAGGAGGAAUAAACUUCACUUUUGCUUGUUGUGGAUUUUCCUUGAACAGACCAAAGACAAAUGAAACUGACUGAAGAAACAGGACAAAACUUCUUUUCUGGUUUCAAAAUCAGGUGUGUGCCUUAAAAGAAACCUUGUGCAAGACUUUUGUUUUGUUUAGAAUAUGACAUGUUAUUAGACCUGUGAAGGAUUAUUUUCUUGAGGCUGCCACAUUUGGUGAAAAAGCGGUUUUUCUAGUUGGUAAUGAUGUGCAAAUCUAGCAAUUACUUUCCAUUUCAGCAGUGUGUGAAACCCAGUACAUUAAAUCAGCACCAUUUUAACAUCCAUAGGAUGUGUCAAAUCUCUUUAGCAAUACAUUUAUUGUAUUUAAUUAUAAUAUUAUUAAAACAUUUUUGGGUGGGGGGGGGAUCUAAACCAGGCCCGUUUAAGAAGCAAAACCUUCAGUUUGCUUCAUGGCUUUUACAAAGACAAAGCUCCGAGGUUUCCCUUGUUUUAAACUUUUAGAUACGAAUUGUUUCAAAAACAAAAACAGAUUUUUAUGUAAUCCUUUGUAAAAUUGACUUAAUCUUAUAGUUUGGAAUUUCACUCACUCAUAUAAAGCAGCAGGAAUAAAAAAUACAUAAACUGUACAGGAAAAAUAACUUUCAGCCUACAUUCAGAUAUGUUUAAGACUGUGUUGGACUGAGCACUACCACAUGACAUUAAAUUAUUGUACAGCUGUGUCUCAUUAUGAAAUAAACAACUAUCUUAUAAAACAAGACAAUAUUUGUGUUACAUAUGUGGUGUGUAAAAUAUCUUCCUCUGCUCAACCUCUUUGACUGUAUGUACUUCCUCAGACAGCCAGUGCCUUCCUGUGUGUCCUCUCCAGAGCUUUAAACUGGACCAUUAAAUCUUAGAAAUAAGGAUGUGCUUUCUUUUCACAGCUAUAACCUUGCAGCAAUCAAUAAUGUAAAAAAAAAAAAAGUCAAUAUCUUGAUACAUUGUCAUAUUUUUGGUUUUUCUUUAUUGCAAAUUAGGUUAUUUCCGGGUAUCAUGCCAUUGAUCAUAAUGCUCAUUAUUUCAUACCUUUGAAUUGAAAAAAGUGACUGUUUUAGUUGUUUUAGAUGUCUGUUGAUUCUGGAUGUGUAAUAAAUGUAAAGGUCCAUCAUGUUGUCAAGACUUGGCUUCACAUAAUUUUCUACAUGAAGCUGAUCUGCUG